AUGGCACUCCUUCCAGGAAUCUGUCUGUUGGUGUUGGUCAUCGUGGUGCCAGGGGAGUCUCAGAACGUCGUCACGUUGCAGGGGGAUGUCCUCAUUGGAGGGUUGUUCUCUAUCCAGACAAGUGAAGACGGCCAGUGUACUGGCAUCAACCGUGUGUCUGUUCAAGUUCACGAAGCCGUUCGGUGGACCCUCCAGCAACUUAAUCGCCAGAACUUCAUCCCCGAGGUCACGCUAGUAAAACCAACUGACCACCAGAAAUACACCCAGUCGUCUCAGGCGUCCAAAACUUGUCGUCACCCGAUUAACCACAUAUUUCCAGGUGUUCUUGGACCAGAAAGCACAUCAGAAACUCAACCAGUGUCACGUCUGCUUAGCUCACUUCCGGUAGAUGAUCGUCUGCUACAGAUCAGCUACUCCGCCACAGCCACCAGUCUCACAGAUAAAACUGUCUACAAAAAUCUGUACCGUGUCAUAGCGGCAGACAAUGUCCAAGUCGAGGUCAUGCUGCAACUGAUGAAACAGUUGAAAUGGAAUUACGUUGCCAUUGGCUACGAGAAUAAUUCCUAUAGCAUUGAAGGUGCAACAGCUUUGAAAGAAGAAUCUGAAAGUCGGGAAAUCUGCAUUCCACUGUUUGAAAUGAUCACCACUACAAACAGUAUUGCUUCACUGCGAGAAAAGCUAGACAUUAAGUCAAGCCCAGUUUCAGGAAUGGUGUUCAUCGGGCAAAGGCACACACUCACUCGAGUCUUGGAAUACCUUGAUGAACAUCUACGCAUUGGUCAGUUCCAGUUGAUUGUUUCUGAGGCGUUAGGGCUGGAACCAUCCUAUCUACGGAAUGGUCAGAACAACGUGUUUGAUAGAGCAAAGGGACUUCUAGUACCGACACCUAUGUACAGACCAAUUCCGGAGUUCACUUCCCACUGGAACUCUCUGUUUGAAAAUGCAACAAUAUUUCUCGAAGAAGCACAGACAAAUCGUUGGUUAGCCCUUUACUUCCAGUCUUUGACUGGUUGUGAUCUACUUCCAGGAACAGACAUUGCCAAGUGCUGGAGAGACUCGUCCAAGAGCUAUAAAAUCACACAACAACCUCUCUUCAUUUCCUAUGCAGUUCUUCUGGCCACUGGUGUGGUGGCACAGUCCUUAAAGAACGUCAUCAGUCGGACAUGUGGUGCAGGGAUUGCAAUAUGCAAUGCCAUGAGAGACGUAUCACAGGAAACAUUAAUUGCAGAAAUCGAAAAGCUCAGAUUAGAACCCUCAGAUCUGAUGGCUAGUUUAUUCCCGGGGACAGGAAAUAUUUCCUUCAUCAAAGGCGAGAUACACCUACAGGCUGAGAAGAGCUUGUACGAAAUUUAUAACUACAAGAGGAAUGAUACAGAAUUUAACUUUCAUAAGGUUGGCUCUUAUAAUGGAUCCCUACAGUUGUCCAUUGAUCAAAUCCAGUCCUUUGACAAAUCUGGCAAUAAAGUUGACCCGGUUCCUGGUAAUUGUCAGAAGGGUCACAUCUGUUCAGAAUGUGUUAAAGAACCCUCAGAGGAGAUCAUACACAUUAAAGGCGACCAUUAUGUUGUUGCUCUUGUUCCCAUUCACAACAAACAAACCGGUAGUGGAGACUCCCAAAACGUCUUUAAGUGUGGUCCCCUGAGGUCAGCGAUAAGCGUAGACAUUGCAGAGGCAUUGGUAUUUGCUGUAAAAGAUGUGAACAGUAAAACUGGAGAAUUUGCAUCUGUUACUGGGAACACAUCCAUAGGGUUGGUUGUGUUGGACACUUGCAAUAACCCUUUGAUAAUUCGUGAUAAAAUUGUCAAGUUGCAUACAGGGAAAGUUCAUCUUGGAGGAGGGGUCUUUAGUUCAGCGAUUACUGACAAAGUAAUUGGCUAUAUAGGGCCAUUAGCAAGUUCCAUCAGCAUUCCACUGGCAUCUACAAUGAAACAGCUGGACCAAUUAUUUAUAGCCUAUGGAUCCACUAGCUCCAAGUUAAAAGACAGGAAAACAUACCCAACUUUCAUGAGAACAGCAUCCUUACUUGAUGACCAAGUGCAACCAAUGAUGAAGGUAGCCAAGAAGGUCGGAGCCAGCUACAUCCAAGUGUUGUACACUGAUGAGGCAUAUGGCCAGUCUGGUCGGGAUUCUGUCCUCGAAGGGGCCAAGAAGGCAGGGGUUUGUGUUGCCCAAAGCGUACCAGUAAAAGAAGACAUUGAUCCAAAAGAAUAUGUGGGCAUCGUGUAUAAACUGAGACAGUUUAGGGCAGCCAAAAUGGUGAUUGUAUUCUCUCGAUCACACACUACACCAGCUCUGAUGAAAGCUCUCAGUGAAGAGAUUGAACUGGGAGAAUUUAUUUUCUUUGGAUCUGGAGAGGGCUGGGCAAGACGGACUAGCGUCAUAAAAGGCAACUACAACCUCAAAGGAAGCUUCACCAUGGCUCAGGAUCUUCCAGUUGACCCAAACUUUGAGCAGUAUUUUCGCAACAUCAGCAGUUCUUCUGAUGAAAACCCAUGGCUCAGACCGUUUUUGGAGAAAAGUGCCAACUGUUUCUUCCCAGACAGUUUUCUGAAAAAGGACAAACAGGAAUGUACUGCCUCACUACUCUCAAGUCACCAUCAGAUUGACACGUGGGUCCCAUUCGCUACCACUGCCCUGUAUGCCUUGGUUCGAGGUUUCAGAAGCACCCUACAACAUGUCUGUCGGGGGGCUGCCACAAAGUGUCGAGGAUACUCAACCACUGAGCUGAUCCGCUACACCAAAGAUGUUGAGCUGGACGUCUUCAGGGACGGCAAACAACGUCGGGUAUUCAAUGAGGGCGGCAAUGGAGCAAGUGGAUUUAGGAUCUCUCAGAUAGUUCCAAAAAGUGGAUCUGAUGAUCUAGAAUACAAAGACGCUGGUCUGGCUGCUGGGGACAUCUUCAGUUUCAGCAUGGAUGAAGAGGACAUGAAACUUACUUACACUUCGGAAUGCCCAAGUCAAUAUGAGUGUGACAGGUGUCGUUUUGAAACCGAGGAUGUGUCUAGCAAAUUCACUGUUGAAGUCAUAGCGGCGUUAGCAGGAGAAGGAGUGGUCACCCUUGGUCUAUUUGUGGCGGUCAUUAUCAUGUGUAGGAAGCACAACCGCCAGAAAGGGUCAGCCAAAAUUGAGGAUACCCGAAGACCAGAAUCAGCAUAUGAUUCCAUUGAUGUCCUCUCCGCCUCAGAGGAAAGAGGUCAGUUGAGUCAGUGA